UUCGUUUGGAAGGCAUCAGAGUGAACAAACCUUUCGAAUUGUGCAAGCAAUAGUGAGUCGCGAUUGUAGUCCGAACAAAGUGAUCAUCAUCCAAAAACAUGAAACUUUUCAUCGCUUCUGUUGCCCUACUGUUGGCCUUUGUGCACGCUGCACCACAAGCAUCGAAGGAUGCCACUGCCCAGAUCGUGAGCCAAACUUCGGAUGUUCAACCUGAUGGAACCUUCAACUACGCCUUUGAGACUGAUAACGGAAUCAAGGUUGACGAUAAAGGAACCAUCAAGCAAGUGAAAGCUCCCAAGACAGAUGCAUCGGGUAACCCGAUCGGCGGCGAGGAAGAUGUAAAAGUUAGUGUACAAACCGGAUCAUUCAGCUACACGGCUCCUGACGGACAGAUUCUGUCACUUACCUAUGUCGCCGAUGAGAACGGAUUCCAGCCACAAGCCGCUCAUCUCCCAGUGGCACCAUCUGCUCCAUAGACUGGUGUUGACCGAUUUGAGCAGUUCUCCAAUCUUUGACAGACAGCUUAGGUUUAGGAUGCAAUAAUACUCAAACUAUUAGAUAUCUUUCAUGUACAUUAUGGAAAUAAAAAUAAAUUUAAACUUUCGCUCAAA